AUGUUUGCCCUCAUUUCAGAAGAUUACCAUGAAUCAAACCAAAAGGGUAAACCACGACUGCCUAAGUCUCAGGGGGUUACUUUAAACUCAAAUCGUACUAUAUCAUCUCCAUCCUUAUUAUCAUCUACUACCAGAGCUUCUAGUUUAAGUUCUAGUUCAUCAUCAUCAUCAUCAUCCACCCCACGAUCAUUCACUCCACCAACAACAUCAACAUCAACACAUUUGAGUUUAAAUUUAUCUGAUAACUUUGUUAUCGCCAAUGAUAAUGACAAUCUUACUAAUAGUGGUAUUAAGGUCACUAGUGGUUCGGGUAUUUUACAAAAUACUAAACCAUUAAGCCUUACUAGUUCUAUUGAUAAUUUUGACAUUGUUAAUGGUAACCUCCUGAGACUGACAGCUUCAACCAUAACCCCUUUGAUUCAAUCUUCUACUACUCCUCCAAAUAAUAAUAAUAAUAAAAAUAAUAAUAAAAAUAAUAAUAAUAUCUUAAUUAAUAACGAUAAAAUCUUAGAAAAGAAUAAUAAUGAAGUCAAUUCCCAUAUAAUUAUUCCUCCUCAAACUGAAAUUAGAACCAAUGUUACAACUGCUACUGUUACUACUUCUUCAUCUGCUGCUUCUACUUAUAGUGUUGAAAAGAGAAGAAAUACUGAAUCAAGUAUUACUUCCAGAUCAAUUGAAUCUUCCUUCUCCAUUAGGAGUGAUUUGAAUAUCUCUAUUGAAAAAGCUUCCGUUAAAGAUUAUAGAAGAGUUGCUAAAACUUUGGUUAUUGCUUUUGAAGAUGAUCCAUUUAUGAAUUAUAUCUUAAAUACCGCUAAUAUUACUAAAGAAAAUACUAAUAAAGCUAGUUAUAAAAAGAAAAAAUUAGAUUUGAUGCAAGCUUAUUUUGAAUAUGAUUCUUAUGAAUGUAUUUCUUUAGGUGGUACUAUCUUUAUCAUUAAAGAUAAUAAUUUAGAACAAUCUUUAGAUGAUUUAGGGGUUAAAAAGGAUAAGUUUCCUUAUCUUGGAUGUGCCCUUUGGAAUCAAAUCUAUGGAUCUAAUUUAGAUUCAUCAUCAUCAGGAAGUUCGGAUGAUGAUUAUGAUGAUGAAGAUUAUUUUGAUCCUGGUUCUUUAACAUUUAGAGAUAAUUUCCAUCCAUCAUCAUUAAAAUUUAAUUUUAGAACAAUUAUGGGUCAUUGUAGAUCCAAAAUUUUAAAAGAUAAAUUACCAUUCUUGUAUAAGGUUCGUAAAGAUGUUUUGAUUAAACAAUUGAUUAAAAAACAAUCAGUUAAUCAAAAUAAUUCAAUGGAUAUUUGGUAUUUAAAUGAUAUUUCAACUUUACCAUCAAUGAGAGGUAAAGGAUUAGGUAAAUUAUUAAUUGAAUAUGCUUUAAAUAAAUUUACUGAACAAAAUUCAAAUUCAUUUGCUUAUUUAGAAAGUUCAAAUCCAAAAAAUCGAAAAUUUUAUACAAAAUUAGGCUUUAAAACAAUGACAAGUUUUUCAAUCAGACAUAAUAAGAUUGUUGAUUCUAAUAAAAUUAAUCAAAAUGAUCCAACUAAUGAAGGUAUUAAUAUGGAUUCUAUGGUUUUCUUUCCAGAACCAAGAGAAUAG